AUGGAUUAUUUCAUUGAUAUUCAACUUCCUGAAUUUUCAAUUUCUGAAGGUAUUUAUUCAGUAGAACUAAAAAGGGAAUAUUUAGAAAAAUUAAUGAAAGCAAAAUUGUCAAGUUGUGAUUUAUUACAACAAUUUGGAGUUUUAGAAAAUGAAAUAAAUGAAGAAAUUGAAUUAACUUUAAAUAGAGUAAAAAUAGCAAAUGAACAUUUUCAAUUUUCAAACCAAGAAGAACUAAGAAUUGCAUAUGGAAUUUAUCAAAAUACUUUACUUGAAUUAUUAAAAUUUAAAAAAGAAUUAAUUGAAUAUCAUUCAAGUAUUAUUGAAAAAUUUAUUGAAAAUAAUAAUUCAAUAAACAAUAAAGUAUCAAGUGGAACUAUUAUUAAUAAUAUUGAUUUUUAUUGUUUAAUGCCAUCAACUUAUAUUUCUUCUUUAUCAUCAAAUAUUAAUGAAAUUGAAAUUAAAUUAAAUCAAUUGAUAAAAAAAAAAGAUCAAGAAAAAUUAACUUAUGAAACUCUUUUUACUUCAAUUUUUGGAAAUUCAACUGAAAAAGAAUUAAAAGAAAUUAUUAAAGAAUUAAAAAUUAUUGAUAAAGAAACUUAUAUUGAAAUUCAAAAUAAUGAAAAAUUACAAGAAAGAUUUAAUAAAGUUAUAUUUAAUUUAAAUAAUACUAUUGGUGUUCAAAUUUAUAUUUAUAUUGAAAGUAUUAAAUUAUUUAAAAAUAAUCAAAUUCAAUUACUUUCAAAAUUAAAAAAUAUUCAAAUUGAAAUAAUAAAAACUUUAAUUAAUAAUUAUAAUAUUGAUCAUUCUUAUUCUGAUGUAUUAUUUAUAUUAUUUCAUAGAGCAUUAUGUUCUCGUUUAAGUUUAUUUAUUUCAUCUAUUCAAAUUCAAAUUUUACCUUUAUCUAAUCAUGAAUUUAUUCAAAAACAACAACAACUUUUAAAUGAUUAUUCAAAACAUUCAUUCCCUAAUUUUGAUAAAUUUGUUUCAAAUACUAAAUUAAAUGAAUUUAUUCAUUCUAUUGAUUUUACUCAAUUAACUAUUCCUUAUGAUUUUAUUCUUUCUUUAAAUUCUCUUUUUGAUCAAUUAAUACAAUUGUGUAAUAUUGAUAUUUCUGGAGAUACUAUUAUUCCUAUUAUCAUUUACCUUCUUUUACAUUCUUCUAUUCCAAAUAUAAAUUUAUUAAUAUGUUGUAUUGAUCUUUUUACUCCUUCUUCUUUAAUUAAAGGUAAAUUAUCAUAUACAACUACAACGUUUAAAGCUGCUUUGAAUUUAAUUAUUCAACAAUCAUAA